AUGGCGAGAGGGGGAGGAGGAGGCGCGGCCGAGGAGGAAGAGGAGGAGGAGGAGGGGAUGGCGGCGAGCGACACGCUGACGGCGGAGUCGGAGGAGUGCCGCCGCGGGAGCAGCUCCAGCGCCAGCUCCGUCGCCGCCUCCACCGACUCCUACUGCCCGCCCGACGAGUGGCAGCAGGCCGCCAUCAAGACCUGCGUCACCGACGACGCCGUCGCCGCCAUCGCCAAGGCCAAUCCACCCGCCCCCGGCAAGGAGAUCCCGCCGCUCGCCGAGAGGCACAGAGCCCCAGAGGUGGAGCUGAUGAAGGAGAGGUUCUCCAAGCUGCUGCUGGGCGAGGACAUGUCCGGGAGCGGCAAGGGCGUCUGCACCGCGCUCGCCAUCUCCAACGCCAUCACCAACCUCUGCGCGACCAUAUUCGGGCAGCUGUGGAGGCUGGAGCCGCUGCUGCCGGAGAAGAAGGCGAUGUGGCGGCGGGAGAUGGACUGGCUGCUCUGCGUCAGCGACCACAUCGUCGAGCUGGUGCCCACAUGGCAGACCUUCCCUGACGGGACAAGGCUUGAGAUCAUGACGAGCAGGCCACGAUCCGAUCUGUACAUCAGUCUGCCGGCACUUCGGAAGCUAGAUCACAUGCUUCUUGAAACACUGGAGAGUUUCAGAGACACGGAGUUCUGGUACGUGGACCAGGGGAUAUGCGCGCCGGACUGCGACGGCUCGGCCUCGUUCAGGAGGCCGGCGCACCGCCGCGACGAGAAGUGGUGGCUGCCGGUGCCCCGCGUGCCCCCCGGCGGCCUCCGUGACGCCACUAGGAGGCAGCUCGAGCACAAGCGCGACGCCGCCAACCAGAUCCUCAAGGCCGCCAUGGCCAUCAACAGCAACGCCCUCGCCGAAAUGGACGUCCCCGACUCGUACCACGACUCGCUGCCGAAGAACGGGCGUGCGACGCUGGGGGACAUCAUAUACCGGUACAUCACGUCGGAGCAGUUCUCCCCCGACUGCCUCCUCGACUGCCUGGACCUGUCGUCGGAGUACCAGGCCGUGGAGAUCGCCAACCGCGUCGAGGCCGCCGUCUACGUGUGGCGCCGGAGGGGCACCGCUGCUGCCAAGUCGGCCGGCACCAAGUCGUCGUGGGGCAUGGUCAAGGACAUGAUCAUGGACACGGAGAAGAGGGGCGACCUGCUCGCCGAGCGCGCCGAGGGCCUCCUCAUAUCGCUCAAGCAGAGGUUCCCUGGCCUGACGCAGACGAGCUUGGACAUGAGCAAGAUCCAGUACAACAAGGAUGUGGGGAAAUCGAUCCUGGAGAGCUACUCGCGGGUCAUGGAGAGCCUGGCCUCCAACAUCAUCGCGCGGAUCGACGACCUGCUCUACGUGGACGAGCUGAGCAAGCAGGCAGACCAGAAGCUCCCGGCCGGCGUGGCAGAGGACGGCAAGAUCGCUUGCAAGAACAAAAAGGCUGCUGCCACGGCGCCGUCGCCGGCGUACGCCGUGCCCGCCUCGGGCACGACGUACGUCACGCCGAGCUUCUCGCCGGCGCAGCUGUCCAGCCCGUCCAAGAUCGGGCGGGCGCUGCUGGUCGACAGGCGGGCGCACCAUGGCAGGGCCUCCAAGAGGUCCGCGCUGGCGGACCACGGCGGCGGCCCGGAGGUGAAGGGGAUGCUGGUCACCAGCCCCGUGUUCGACGCCCCGUUGGGCACGGAGCUGUGAGCCUGCGCGAGUGAUCCGUCGGCCACGGUCGAUGUGUCCAUGUCCAUGUGCAUACUUUACCUUGUGUAUCAUGUGUGCAUGGUUUUCACUAGUAGUGUAGUAAGCGUGAGUGUAGUAAGUGCGGUGCUUGGCAGUUUGCCGCCCUCGGUUUGUAAUGUUUUGGCACUUGGAAGUAAGGUUGUCAGAAUGGUGAUCUUGUUAUACAAUUCACUGACUUUACGAUCCAAACUAACCUUUUUGAUUCUACAAUUUUA